UUUUUUUUUUUUUUUUUUUUUUUUUUUACUCUCCAAUAUAUCAUAUUAAGAAUGGCCUGUGCCGGCUUGGUGCCGCGAAGGAUUUAUGCUCAUGAACCCUUCGACUUUUUCCACCCCUCGUCUGGCCCCAAUUCGAUUAUAUCACCGCUUCGUUUUCCCCAUUGAUGGCCAGUUGGAGUCUCGAAUACGAUUCUAACGACAUCGAAUCAUGUCCGCCGUUGAGAUGAACGUCGCCGAGAUCCCCCCUCAGUCGGGCAAGGACUGGUACGACUUCCCUACCGAAUGCGAGCGAUCCCUCACCUCGAUCAUGGCCCCUCGCAAUAUCGUCAUCGUCGGCGCCGGUAUUGCCGGCAUUGCCUGUGCCCUCUCCCUCUCGAAGGAAUUGACCCCCUUCGUCCCCGACCUCCAGAUCACCAUCUUCGAACGUCACGAUAUCCUCUCCACCUCCGGCGGCGCCAUCAACCUGACGCCGGUAGCACAACGACAUCUCGACCAGCUCGGCGUGCUGGCCGAGCUGGACCGACUCGGCGCAGAGGGCGGCUCGGAUGUCGACGCCAUUGAGAUCUUCUCCAGCCGAUCCGGCCGACAACUCGGAUCCAUCGAUUUCAUCGACCACGGCGGGAACGGGUUCGGCGGAUACAAAGGACGACGAGUGAUGCGGAUCAUCCUGUCCGUCGCCAUGCUGGCCAUGGUGGAACGCACGAAGAACGUCAACGUCGUCUUCGGCAAGAAGCUCGUCCGCGGCGAGGAGUCCGAAGACAAGGCUACCCUGCACUUCUCCGACGGCUCCUCCGCCACGGCCGACCUCGUGCUCGGCUGCGACGGCGUGCAUUCCGCCACCCGCCAGCAGUGGAUCGACCCGGCCUCGACGUCCGAGUACACGGGCAUCUCCUUCGUGCAGAGCGUCAUCGACACCGAGAGCGUCAACGCCCCUAUCCACUUCCGCUCCACCGCCAUGAACAUCUCCCGCCACGGCUCCCUCAUCACCAGCUACUGUGACCGCGAGCAUGAGCAGAUCUUCCUGGCCGCCAUCGUCCAGGUCAACGAGGACCUCCUGGCCCACUACCGUCUCGAACCUGGCCAGGACAUCCGCAAGCAAACCGCCAUCAAACGCGCUCUGCGCGACGAGAUGAAGCACCGCUUCGGAAAGUCCGCCGUCCCUUGCAUCCGUGAAAUGGCCAGCAAAUCCGCCGACUGGAUGCUCUACCCUGUCUACCAGGUAAAGCCCGGCUCAAAAUGGCACACAGACCGAGUCAUGCUCCUCGGCGAUGCCGCUCACGCCAUGCCCCCUCGCGACGAAUCCGCCGCCUACGCCCUCGACGACGCGAUCCUCUUCUCGCGCAUCCUCGCCAAACACCGGCACGAGCCCCUCUCCGCCGCCUUCAGAGCUUACGAGGACCUGCGCCGCGAAACCGUCAACACAGCAUUCAAGUCCUCGCGCCGCAUGUGGGAGAAACACCGGGACAUGAGUUUCCUGGAGGGCCGGCUCAAGGAGUGGACGCUGCCGUUCUACCUCAAGAAUUCGAAAGAGGCGCGCGAGGCCGCGUGGGAGUUCGACGCUACGAAAAUUAGCAUCCCCAUGCCGGUCGAGGAGCAGAGUUCCAGCUCGUCGUAUUCGUAUGAGAAGGAGUUUUCGGUUGCGAGGUGUAGGUAGUCACACUGUCUGCUCCUGGUGAUUCGUAUCCCUCAUCGGGUUAUUGGUUGGCUUGCUUGCUUUCAUGGGUUUCUCUUUCUUCCGGGGUUGCGGCUGGACUGGAUUGGGCUUGGCUGGGUCGGGGUUCGGGUUCGGGUUAUCGGUUCUGUUAUUCUGUCGCUUUUGACUUUCGCUUGCUGGCUUCUCUACUGUGAUGGUGUGGAUUGAUUCGGAUUGAGGACUGCUUCUGCUGGUGUAUGGAGUUUCAAGUCUGGACUGGUCGGUCGGUCAGGAGGGUCGGUCGGUCGGACAGGGAAGAUUGGAUGGACUGGAUUUGGUUGGAAUCGAUCAGUUUACGAGAUUACGAUAGCG